UAUACAUAAAAGAAGGAAAAUGUCACAGUUUUCCAACUACAACUUUCAAAACAGACAGCAAAAUGUAAUAACUAAAAAAUUAAGGGUGUAACGAUUCAUUUUAACAAUGAUUCGAUUCAUAUCAGAAUUUGUGGUUGAUGAUACGAUUCAUAGUGGAUAUUAGUCCAUUUUGAAAAAUCCAAUUCACUGACUAAAAUAGAUCCGGGACAUCUUUAGCCAAAACUUCAACCAGUGUGACUCAGAGAUAAAUACUAAAAUAGAUUAAAACAGGACAUUAUUAGAACAUUCUACCACAGUGUAAUGAUGGCUUGAAUAUUCUUUACUGCCAUCACAUGUAUGCUGUUGGAUGUGAUGCACUUGUUUUUUUUUACAAUACAGUAAAAUAAACCUACCGCCCUCAAACCAAACGGUAUUUUCUAAUUUAGAAACAUUUUUAUAAUGCUAUAGGUCGAUAGGAUAAACAACUUGCCUCAGACAAUUCAAUACGGUUGGAUCGUAGGAAUAUAAACUGAGUCAUUGAUUAAGUUGAUCAACAACACCCCUACUAAAAAGACUAUUUCAGGCUAUUUUUUGCCAUGACAUGACUUGGAACAAUUUUUUUUUAGUUAAACUCUCACAAUGAAAUUCACAUUUGCUAAACGGAAUUUGUCAAAAACUGAAGGCUAACAAAUUCUUUCUUGAUCAUUUUACAGAGAUUGUGAUCCAAGUAUUGUCAAAACCAGAGAAGCACUGGAGAGCUUAGGGUGAAAGUAAGUAUUCACAAAUGUACAAUUUCUAUCUAAAACCAGAAAACUUCAAGCGAGAUGACAGCCUCCCAAAAAGGAAAACACACCCAUAACAGAAAUAUUAAACACAAGCAACCGGCAGGGGAUCCAUUGUUUGGUUAUAAUGCGGGCUCAGUCGGGUUUGAACUCCAGCCAUGUGCUGUGUUCAACAGAAGAGGGAUAAUCUCAGAAGCUGACCAGGCAGCAAAAAAAAAACAAAAAAAAAAAAACGGUGCGUGCAGCUCUAGGGUCAGUUACUGCCAUUACCAAAUGACACACAGACUUUUACUUAGCCAAACACCUAAUCAUCAAAUUAGUGAAUAAGUCAACCAGAAUCCUGCAGCAGCUGGUGAGGGGACAGACAUGGAGGAUGUUCAGUGGAGCGACAUUACAGACACUUGGACUGCAAUGAAGAGCUGCUGUUCAGCUAAAUUCAGAGAAGAAAAGAAGAGACAAUUCUGGUAAAAAAAAAUGUCUGGGGUAAAUCAAUGGAAAUCAAGAGGAUAAAAAAAAGAUGCAAGCAACAUUAGGCAGGAAAAUGGACGUGGGAGGAGAGUGGAUAAAAAAAUGAUAGGAAGUGUGUGCACGAUGUGCGAGUAUGUUCUUGCAUCAGGUGUGGCGUGUGUGAUUGGGUGUUACUGUUGGUAACCAGGCAGGGAUGGACCUUGUCUCGUGGGGAUGUGGGGGGAGCGGCUUAAUCAGCUAUGAGUACGACCAGAGAAUAACACAGACACUGACAGAAUCUUGAGCUAAGGGAACUCUGCCUCGCUGCCAGGACGAAACAAAACAAGCCUGGCCAACAAAUUUAGCUCGAAUACUGUCAACACUGCUGCUCAAGCCGCCAGUGGGAAUCCUUUUUGUUCCUCCCAGGACUUCACAUGGAUUGUAGGAACUUAAAGAGGACUUCAGAAAAUGAUCCAAAGAAACGCUUAAAUGAGAAGUUUUACUUCUUUUUCAAACAGAAUUGCAGACUGAACUGCCUCGAAGGAGCUCUUUCUGAGGCGGUGCUGGAGUAUUACGGACAGACAGGACUAUUAUGUACCAGCUUGAAGGAAAAAAAUGCAGCUUCUUGCUUUGCCUAGGAAUAAGCAUAAUUAUAGUUUCAUUUAUCUAUUUCAAAACUAGAAUCCCAACUGACCUAAAGCACCUGCAGAGUUCUGACUGCAGAAACUUUUCCAAUGAAUGUAGGCCCAUUCUGCCCGGCCUAGAAACAGCUGCACAAUGGUAUCGGCGCGACUGCCAGGUGGUAAACCACAUCCUAAAAGACAAUCAGCCGUGUGUAGAAUUAAUCAGAGACUUGCACUUUAUUACUAGACCCCUGAGUCAAGAAGAAGAGGACUAUCCCUUAGCUUUCAUUAUGACUAUUCACAAAGAUCUGGAGAUGUUUGUGCGUACACUACGAGCUAUUUACAUGCCCCAAAAUGUGUACUGCAUUCAUAUUGAUGCUAAGGCUCCAUUGGAGUACAAGAAAGUCGUGAGGGGGUUAGUCGGCUGUUUUGAAAAUAUAUUCUUGUCCAGUCAAAGUGAAACAGUGACCUAUGGUGGCUAUUCUCGCCUGCAAGCUGACUUAAACUGCAUGAAAGAUCUAAUCAGGUCGAACGUAGGCUGGAAGAAGGUUGUGAAUUUGUGUGGACAGGAUUUCCCCAUUAAGAGCAACCUGGAACUUGUUCAGUACAUGCAGAGCAAAGAGUGGAGGGACAAAAACCUUACACCUGGGGUCAAACAGCCAGCGCACAUCAGAUCCAGGACAGAAUUCCAGCAUCAGGAGAUUGUAGGAUCCCACGUCAUUCAAAAAGGAGAGAAGAAGGAACCUCCACCAGAUAAUCUGCAAAUUUAUUUUGGAACAGCAUACUAUGCUUUAACAAGGGCGUUUGUAGACUUUGUUUUGAAAAGCCCGAUAGCCCUCAACCUCUUGAAGUGGUCCAAAGACGCCUACAGUCCAGACGAGCAUUACUGGGUGACACUUAAUCAUCUCAAAGAAGCUCCAGGCAGCCGUGUUGAUGGCGGUUGGGAAGGAGACAUCCGAGCAAUAAAGUGGAAAGAUCAAGAAGGAACAAAUCACCAAGGUUGCAAAGGACACUACGUUAGAGACAUCUGUGUUUACGGAAUGGGGGACAUCGAGUGGAUCAUCAACAACAACAACAUGUUUGCCAAUAAGUUUGAAAGUAAUGCCUAUCCUGAGGCCUUGGACUGUUUGGAACAGUGGCAUAGGAGCAAAGUGCUCAACCAGGCAAAGAUUCCAGUUCAACCAUCGUGGGUUCUGGCGAUAACAGAGAAAUUAAGCACCAGCGAUGACUUCAACAGCACUACAGUGACAUGAAAUGUCUGCGAAUAUAAGCAAGUCAUUACAGAUCAUUUUUCCUCUCUAUAAAACAUAUAACAUGUUUUAAUGUGAACAGAAAACAGUCACUGCACUUUUACAUGCUGUAAAUGUUGUGAUCCUGUGGGUAUGCUGUCAUCCAGUGCCUGAGCCACACCUGCACCUCAUCUUGGUCUCGCACCUGGUCCUCAUCUGCUCCUCGUCAGCCACUCUACUUAAACCUCACAUGGACCUCCAGCCGACGCCAGAAUAUUGUUCACCUCUGAUCCUGCCUGUCAGCCCUCCUGCUUGCCAGCCUUCCUGCCCGCCUGCAAAACUGCCAGCCCGCCAUCCUCACUCUGUUCAAAAUAAAACUGGUUACCCGGA